AUGGAGCAAGAAUCGUCAACACCAAUCUAUUUUCGACGGACUCUGGCAAUCGCCCUUGCGCUCACUGCACUCCGUCAACUAGGAUCCUGCCGUCCAUCCAAUCUGUUUCCCUCCCCGAACACUCUCACAGAAGAAGUCGAUAAAAUGUUCGCUUAUGCGGUCAAUACAAGCACGCUCUUCUUCGCAUGGUAUAUCGCCGAGCCCUCCAUCACCGACCCUGUUCCGAUAACGAAUUUAAAUACAUGGCGGUCUAUCCUGGCCGGUGUCGUUCUUACUCUCGCUGUAUGCGGCAAUAACCUCCUCAAGCGCGUUCUGCUCGGAUUCGCGAUCGGGGCAUGUUGGAUCCUCGGGUGGAUGAUCACCUCUGUCGAGCAGCGGGCGCCCUAUUGGCGGUUCCUGAAAGACGGGCUGGGUUUCACUUUGAUGAGUUUGUUGCGGAAGGUCGGUCUUUAG